CUCUUCAAAGCUGAAGCAUCAACAACAAUGAACAUGAAGAUUGCUGUUGUCUUUUGCCUCUUCGGUUUGGCACACGCCAGUAACCUCUAUGGUGGAUCUGCUCUCGGCUCACCAGCUCUAGCACAUCAAGGGUCACUUGGAUAUGGUGGACAUUUAUCUGGAUUAGGAUACGGUGCAAAUCUAGGCCACGGAUCAAGUCUCGGAUACAGUACUGGUUUUGGAUACGCUACAAGUCUAGGAUAUGGAGUUGGUCAGGGUUACAACGGCUGGCAAGGUUACGGAGCCAACGGUUACGGAGGUUACGGAAACUAUGGAGGAUAUGGAGCUAACUCAGCCUAUUCUAGACUUCCAGCUUCAGUGACUCAAUACAGCACAGUCCACCCACCUUCAUCGUACUCCGGUGGAUAUGGCGGGUACGGUGCCUAUGGUCUUGGAGCCUAUGGUAACCAGGGCUAUGGUGGUUACGGAUAUGGCGGAUACGGACAGGGUAUUGGUGGCUACGGAAAUAAAUGGUAA